AUGCUUGGUACGAGCGGCAAGUGGCAGAAGCUUUCCCACCUGUGCCGGAGCCACUCCUUCGCCUCCACUUUCAGGGCCAGUGUCGUUCUCCGCCUGUCUCCUGCCAUGGCUGCUGCUUCCUCCCCUCACCGCCAUAGCUCCCCCAGUGCGUCCUCUUUCUCGACGGGUUCCCCGGCCCCUGCAGCCAAGAGGGUGGGUACACACAACGGCAGCUUCCACUGCGACGAGGCCCUGGGAUGCUUCAUGAUCCGCCUCACUGACAAGUUCGCCGGGGCGGACAUCGUCCGGACCAGAGACUCCCAGGUACUUUCAGCCUUUUCCGCAUCUAUCUCGUGCUUAACCUUUACCUGGGACGCCCUGCUUCUCUCCUGAGAGCAUAUUUAUGGUUCUCUCAGUUUGCUCUUCUCUGAGAAAUACAAUAAGCACCAUAGUUUUCUUGGGUUGUCUCCUUGCCCUUAACCUGCUUGCGUUAUGGAUUCUCCGAAGUGUUUGUCCUUGGAGUUGCUAUGACUGGAAAAAUAAGAAUUAUGGACGAUUGGGGGUUUAAUUCAUGACAAUGAGUGAUUGUAAAAAUACUCGUUGGCGACUCUCAGAAGAAAAUAGAGUUGUUGUCUCUUUCUCCGACUCUUAGAAGAAUUUAGUGUCGGUCUUCUAUAUCGAGCUUAAAGCGGUUACUAAAUACAUGCAAGAUGGGAUUUUCCCACUUUCAGAAUCUUCCCGUGCUUUUCAAUAGAGAAAGACUGAUGGAACUGAAGAUUAAGCCAUUUACACCAAUAGUUGGAGAGGGCGGUGUUAUUAUCCACUGGUACUCAACUUUCUUACUGUAACACAUCUUUUCACAGAAAUGCAAAUAACUACCCAUAAAGAUGGACCUAAGCUCUUGGGAGGAUGGAUAGAACAGUGAUAAGUUAUUGUGGGAGAUUAAAUUGUCUCUAUCAGAAAAUGGAAUCAUAUGAUCCUGCUCCAAGUUUUAUCUUUCUGAUGUGGAUGAUUUCUAAGGUCGGACAUGAGACUAUUCUUCUAUCAGGGCUUCUGCAGACUCUGCUGCACUCUACUAUUUAUGGGAGAAACUUUCUUCUCUUGUAGUUAACUGUAGAAAUGAUGAAAUUCGAUUGGUUAUGGAGUCUAUACAGGGAAAAUGUCGAGGAGACAUGUACUUGGGUUACUCGAGUGCAACUUAUUGCAUGGUGAGGGCCCUCUUUGACUUCAACUUCUGGGUGAUGGAGUCUGGGAUUAGACACUGAUGGCGUCUGCAUAGAAGUUCUCGUGUUGUUAUCUUAAGAGAGGCAUAGCAGCUGGGUUUUUCAUCCACCGGUCAUCUGGUGGUAUGUUGUUAGGGAAUCCUUUUUCUUUGAAGUAUCAAAAAACUGUCUGAAUGCAGGGAAAACCUCAUAUCAUGAUCAUCAAGCUUGUUCCACAGUUCCAAGUCAGCUUGUGAUAAAUAAACACCUACAGUUUUGACUCUGUUCACCUGAUUGGUUUCCUGCCUGAAACCAUUUUGUAGUGCCAUACACUGGCAUGUGCCAUUGGUGAGGUAUGGGAGGGCCUGCUCAUAUUAGGAAAAUCAAUUAUUGUUGACAAAAAACUAUAUGAGAGGUGCUUCGUCAUGAGAGAAGGAAACAUAAGAAAAAAAAUGAAAAAAAUAAAAAUAAAAAUGUAACCUGUAUAAUAAAUAUCAUUUUUUGGAUCUACUUAUGCAAGUGUAGCUUUUUUUUCCUUAAUAAAGUAGGCUCGUGCGACUUGCUUACUUGUGGAAUGAUUUUCAGUUAUUGGAGACACUUGAUGCUGUUCUUGAUGUUGGGGGUGUUUAUGAUCCCACUCGAGAUCGUUAUGAUCAUCAUCAGAAAGGUUUUAAUGAGAUUUUUGGGCACGGAUUCAACACCAAGCUAAGCAGUGCUGGUCUCAUUUAUAAGGUGAAGUAAUAUUAUUUUCCAGUUCAUUUAAACAUUGCAUCAUCUUUCUUGCUGGUAUUUUAGACUUCGACUCAUAGAAUCAGUUGCGAUUUUGCCUUUUCCAUGUCCAUCAAAAUAUUUCCUACACACGUGAUCCAUUAUUACUUAACAUUGUGCACUGUGAUACUUUGGACUAUAAUCGAAGUAAAUUAUAUCGUAAGGUGGAUAUGGUCCCUCUUCUAGGAUAAAAAAAUGACAAUUGAUCGUGUGAACUCUUGGCCAAGAUUGGCUAAGCAGUCCCUGGCCCAUUAGACCGUGCUUAAGAAAGUGAUUCGUGGCUUUCCUUUUUGUUUCUUUGGAUUUAGGCCAACAAUUAUUGAUGAUCCUGUGAUUUAAUGGUUCGACUAGAGUUGUCCCUAUCAUUGAAAUAUUAUAUCUGAGAAAAGGAAAUUCGGGUGUAAAUGCUAGUUCUUCUAAGGAGAAUCAGAUUGUGUUGCCUCCUUUGCAUUUAAUUGGGCAGUCCUUGAAUUGCCUGAUUCGAGUUCUAAGAAAUGAUACAAUUUUUUUUUUUGGUUGCUGUUUCAUUUAUUUGCUCACUCUUUCCUCACCUGUUUCAUAUCUAUUUUUGCAUUCAUUUUCUAUGAAUGCCACAUUGCAGCACUAUGGUCCUGAGAUAAUUGCCAAGGAGCUUCAGGUUGAUGAGGGGCAUCCAGAUGUGCACCGACUGUACAUUGCCAUCUAUAAAAGCUUUAUCGAGGUUCUAAUCUUUCCUUUUUUUCUGAACUGAUUCCCAGAAAACCCUCUGUUCUUCUUCCAUUCGUAACAUAAUGCACGUCAAUUUUCUCUUGAAAUGUUUAUCGUGCAUGGGAACCCACUGAUCUCUUCUUCAUUAGAUACUUACUAUCAUCACUAGUUCGUCUCUGAUCCAUCAGAAAACCGGAUGUUAUGUUUUCUGAUAUUUUUUGUACUUGUUAUAGGCCAUUGACGCCAUUGACAAUGGAAUUAACCAGUACGACACAGAUCAGCCUCCAAAAUAUGUAAACAACACCGGCUUGUCUUCACGAGUUGGACGGCUGAACUUGGACUGGCUGGAACCCGAUCAAUCUGCUAAAAAGGAAAAUGAGGCAUUUCAGCGCGCCAUGGUGCUUGCAGGCAGCGAGUUCAUGGAGGUUGGUGUACCCGAGUUCUUGGAGUUUUCCUUUUGUUGACAUCAAAAUUUUCAUGAAUUUUUGUUAAGAUUUUCGGAAUGUUAUCGGCGGGUUCUCUCAUCAAUGGCUCCGCAUAACUCACUAUUUAAUUUAUGUUUGCAGAGUGUUCGGUUCCAUGCGCGAUCAUGGUUACCAGCACGGUCCAUCAUUAUCGAAUGUCUAGCAGCUAGAGGAGAUGUCGAUCCCAGUGGAGAGAUUAUGGUGUUGAAUAACUUUUGUCCUGUGAGUAUUGACCAGCGUUCUUCCCUAGUUUCUUAUUUUUCGAGCUAAAUUUAGAAAGUUAACUGUUGAAGGGGAAGUCCCCGAAUCCAGCCUUCAGUCGUCUGUCUUUCAAGAUCGUUCAUCCUCAGGCUUUCUGAGGAUUGCUACUGAAGCCUGUCUCCUCUUUACAGUGGAAGCUUCAUUUGUUUGAGCUUGAAGAGGAGCUGAAGGUUGACCCUCUUAUCAAAUAUGUCAUAUAUCAGGUGAGCAAUAUCCCAAUAACUUUGAAACCUAAAUUACCCAGAAUUCCUUUCUUCAUGUUUCAGCGGUGGACCCCACUAUUCUGUGUUUAAAACCUAACUUACCCAGGAUUCCUUUCUUCAUGGGUCAGUCGGUGGACCCUACUUGCCCGUGCUUAGAGACCUAACUUACCCAGGAUUCCUUUCUUCAUGGGUCAACUGGUUGAACCCUAAUUUACCCAGGAUUCCUUUCUUCAUGGGUCAAAUGGUUGAACCCUAACUUAUAGCAGGUGUUUAAAACCUAACUUACCCAGAAAUCCUUUCCUCACGGGGUCGCCUUUAACCAUCUCUAUCACUUGCCGGUUGAUGAUCUAUACCUGGUUGCAGGAUGAUAGGAGCAAAAGUUGGCGGGUGCAGGCGGUGGCAGCGUCUCCUGACAGCUUCGAGAGUCGAAAGCCUCUUCCGCUGCCAUGGAGGGGCCUGAGGGACGACGAGCUCUCACGGCAGUCUGGAAUCCCUGGCUGUGUCUUUGUCCACAUGAGCGGCUUCAUCGGCGGCAACCAGAGCUAUGACGGAGCCCUCACCAUGGCUCGAGCUUCUCUGAGGUCCUAA